AUGGUGUCUCAGAGCUCUGAGCAAAUGAUUCUCCGGGAUCCAGCAUUGUUGUGUGUGAUAUUAACUGGUAUCCUUCGCCACUAUGCCACCGUACUGAUGGCAACUCCGCCAAAACCGGCAGCAAGCCUUGCAGAGUACCGUGAGCGUCUGGCGCUGCUCCGUGGGGUUAACCUCCGCAAUAACGCUUCUGCUGUCCUUACACCUUCUUCCCUUAGCGCCCGAAAGGCCUACCUUAUCUGCUCGUAUCAAAGCGGCGUCUUCCUGAAAGACCCUGAUGCGCGAGGCAAGGGACCCCCAAAUCCUAUGACAGAUCCAGCCGGUAUGGACGCGAUGAUGGGUAUGAUGAAAGGGAAUAUGGCUAUGAUGAUACCGCAGACCCUUAUUAUGGGGUGGAUCAAUGCGUUUUUUUCGGGCUUCGUUAUACUGAAAAUGCCGUUCCCAUUGACUAUUCGGUUCAAGUCGAUGCUGCAAUCGGGGGUCAUGACUCGUGAUCUCGAUGUGAGAUGGGUGUCUAGUCUUUCUUGGUACUUUCUUAACUUGUUCGGACUGCAACCUGUUUUUGGUUUCAUCUUUGGGAGUGAUCAUGCCGCUGGACAGAUGAUGCACCAAAUGGGGCCGAAUAAUCCUACCGCUGCGGUUAACCCGUUCGGUCCUGGGCAAGAUCCAGAUAAGAUGUUCUUGGCCGAAGCAGAGAACUUAGAGGUCAUGGAUCACCAUUGUAUUCUUGAUGGAAUUGAGGACCGCCUCCUCCAAAGGGUAUCGUCCACUUAG